UGCUGUGGGUUCCAGUGUGGACUGUGAUUGGUGUACAUCGCUGUCUUGCGAACUGUGGCUGCCAGAGUGGAUUGUGCACACCGGUUACUAGGAGACUUGACCAGUCAAGAGGAUUCCGAAGUAACUGGGUCCAUUUUCAAUGAUUUAGCGACGUUAGCCUUUCAGUUAUAAAGACCGAGCAACAUCAUCCAAGACCUUGUGUGUUGUGGGCCGGCGUAUGUAGAACAGAGUGGGGGGGACAGUGCCUAAACGCAAACAUAGUUACAAGGACAUUGGUGCGACCUUAUCUUUGCCAGUUCCACAGAAAGAUGGCUGAACACCACCACGUUCACCACGAGCACAUGGGAACCAUGGCUCCCGCCAUGGCUCCCGCCACGACUAUGUCCCACGGAGGCGACCACGGGGACCAUGGCAACGCUGGCGGCGGUGACGGCGUCCAUCACAUGAUGAUGCAAAUGACCUUCUACUUCGGCUGCAAGAAUGUAGAGCUGCUGUUUGCUGGGCUGGUCAUCAACACACCAGGAGAGAUGGUUGGCGCCUGCAUUGCGGUGUUCCUGAUGGCGGCGCUGUACGAGGGGCUGAAGAUCGGGCGGGAGUACCUGCUCAGGAGGAACCAGGUCAACGUGCGCUAUAACUCCAUGCCCAUCCCCGGCUCGGACGGCACCGUGCUGAUGGAGACCCACAAGACCGUUGGCCAGCGGAUGCUGAGUCUUGCUCACCUGUUGCAGACGGUGCUGCACAUCAUCCAGGUGGUGAUCAGCUACUUCCUCAUGCUCAUCUUCAUGACCUACAACGGCUACCUGUGCAUCGCCGUGGCAGCCGGCGCGGGCGUCGGCUACUUCCUGUUCAGCUGGAAAAAGGCGGUGGUGGUGGACAUCACCGAGCACUGUCACUGACCCUCCUCCUUUCCCUACACUACACACCCGCCCCCACACACACACACACACACACAUACACACUUCCCCCUCUCCUGCCAUCCGAUUCCAUCUGGAAUUUGGCCAAAGCACACUGGGUGGUCGCUGUUCCCUCGUCCAAUUACGAUGUUCCAGGUUGUCUUAAGCAACCUUUAAAACAUCAUAUGAUGCUUUGGUGGACGUAUUCUCACUGAGGGUGAUGUUUUAAAGCUUCUUUUGGGUCCUUUUGAACAUCUCAGGGCAGAGACCUCUAAAUUACCCAUGAAUCAGCAGUUUCUGACCCCCAUUCCACUGCUGUGCCCCUCUUUUUUGACCUGGCCGCCAUUAACACUUCACCUGAAGCAACCCCCACCCCUUCCAGUGUGCACCAGAGUAUUGUAUCAAUUUAAGUAUCGAUUUAAGAAGUUGCCUUAUUAGGGGCUUGAUGACCCUGCGCCACACAGCAUCAUGGCAGCCCCCGGCACUUACGGGCCAUCUCGCAGUUUCCCCAAAAUCCAGCCAGUGAAAGGAAACGGCAAAUCCAGCCAAUCAGGGUCGUGCUGAAUGCAAGCAACCUCUGCCUGCGGCCCACACUGGGCGGGGCUCACUCACACGGGGGCGGUGACAUCACAAAGGGAGAGAGGCCAAGUGACCCGGGUGCCUUACCGAGCCCUUUACCUUAAACAUGCUGUGCUGCAAAGCAGAGUCCACUUCACACAAUCAACGCCAUUGUAAAUCCAAUGUGUUUCUCUGUCUUUUUUUUUUUUUACACCCCUUUGAUGUGGGUACCAUUACGUUCUAGAGGACAUGCCUUAAACUGUGACACUAUCUGAUUCGGGCACGUUGUGAGAGAGCUGGCCCCACCCCCCCCCCCUAUGUUUUAUUCCAUGACAUCACAUGAUUGUGGUGGAGUUUGAAGUCAUGUUGAGCCGAUUUUGGGAAAAAGGUGCAAAUCCGACGGUGACACGAACCUGAAGGAGUGCCAGGCCUCAGAGGCACUGGGGACCAGUGGCCAGUCUUCACCAAACCCGCACGCCUGUUUAAAAAAGAAAAAUCACAACAAUGUAGGCUAUCGUUUUUAUGUGAAGCUUCUAUAAAUGUCUAUUAUGGAUUUAGAAAAUGUGUUGCCAGUAUCACGUAAAAGUAAUUUUAACAUUUUUAAAGUAGCACUAUUAUACUGUAAACUGUAUCAAGGUACUGGCCUUAUAUGUUAGUUUUGACCAUGACUGGACAAUCUUUGUGAACAAUCGUUAUUUUUUGGGAUAAUUCCUUUUAAUGUGUACUCUAAAUACCAGUGUUAAACAGCCGUGGUGGUUAUCGCCCACGUUCCCCUACGGCCUCAACUAAAACGAGGGAACCAUUGACACACCAGUACAGCUUCUGGCUGUUGUGUUAUGAAGGCAAGCACUUCCAGCUAUAACCGGAGGCAGAAGGAGACACUAGUUCACGGAAGUCUUCUCGCACGAUCACAGCGAAGUGCAGAGGUCCCAAGGCUGCCCAGGGAAUUCUGAGCGCCAGCGGUGCGUGACGAGCUCGGGAGGGGUUCGCACGGGCGCUUUAGCCUUCUGUCUUUUACUUCAAACGCCCGCUGUUCCUUUUUUUUGUAUCGGUUGCCCGAGUGUUUGUGUGUGACGCUGGAACGGGAGUCAAAUUCCUGCUGAGAUUACAAGGUCGCCGCUGGUUUUCAGUGCCCGUUGUCGAAAGAGCCGGCGGAUAAUCCAGGCCAUGAAAUGUUUAACCGUUUCUACUUCAGCCCUGCAGAUACUUCUGACCUCUCACUGCUAGUGAACAGACGAUACAGGUUCCAUCCAAAAGCAAAGCCGUUUCUGCUACCUCUGCAAAGUCCAGCGACGAAGCGGGUGGCCGCAUCUUAGAGGAAGUCUGACAGCUGCUGGCGUCAAGCGUCUGUACGGAGAUUGUAGACCGUGUACAUCGCAGCCAUUUUUGUAUAGUUUGAUACAUUUACAGUGCUGUUAUUUUUAUUGUUUAUUUUUAGAAAAUGAAUAAUAAAUGGUCCCAGAUUGAAA